CCAGGGCUUUGAGACAUCCAGGGCAUCCAGAGAGAUGCUCUGGGUUCCGACAGACCCACGGGCCCCUCAGCAGCUCUGAGAAGAGGGACCCCCAUAACCUCAAAUAAGGACACUGGAAACAGGGAACCCCUGGGAGAGUGGUUUUGAACUUGCUGAUUUUUGGAGGUAUUUCUGGCCACCAGACACCCAGUGACUUCUACAGAUGGACUUGGCCAGUGGACCAUCAAAGGCAAUGCACUUACAUCUUGUUUUUCCCCAAAUCAGGAUUUCGCAUUCCCAAACCUUAUCUGGAUGAAGGAGAAGGCUGCGAGGAAGCAGAAGAUGCCCCAGGACACUGAGGCAGGUGAGGAGGAAGUCAGUGGCCCUUUCCCCCUCUCUCCUGCUCCAUCUCCCAGCCCAGCACAGCCCCUGGCUGUAGGACAACCCUGCUGCCAACGCUGUCCUGCCAGGGAUGGAUUGGGAGGAUCUCCUUCUCCUUCCCUCUGGCACGGAGGCAAAUCCCAUCCUCUCCUUGUCCUUCUCCUGCAGACAAGGAGCUGAGGAUGAAGAGCAGGGAGGACAAAUCCCCAUGGCAGAACCUCAUGGACGAGGCCAUUUUGAGCAGCUCCAUGGCACAGGAACCUAAUGGGGCUAAAAAGUCUCGGAGAUCCCUCAGGAGGAGGGGCUCCAAACCCAGCCCAGGAUGCUCCAAGGGGAAAAGACCCAGCCUGUGCCAGGAAGGCAGCCAGAGAUCUGGCCAGAGCUCUGAGGUGGUAGCCAGUGAGCAGCAUGACAAUGGCAAGAAGCCCCACUGGUGCUUGGAAUGUGGGCAAAGUUUCCUCAAGAACUCCUACCUGGUCGUCCACCAGAGGAUCCACACCGGGGAACGGCCCUAUAAGUGUGGGGAAUGUGGGAAGAGCUUCAGGAUCAGCCACCACCUGAUGAACCACCAGAGGAUCCACACCGGGGAACGGCCCCACGAGUGUGGGGAAUGUGGACAGAGGUUCAAGAUCAGCUCUGCCCUGAUCGUCCACCGAAGGACCCACACUGGGGAACGGCCCUAUGAGUGUGGGGAAUGUGGACAGAGCUUCAGGAUCAGCUCCCACCUGAUCGUCCACCGAAGGAUCCACACGGGGGAACGGCCCCAUGAGUGUGGGGAAUGUGGGAAGAGCUUCAAGAUCAGCUCCCACCUGAUCCACCACCAGACGACCCACACCAAUGAACGGCCCUAUAAAUGUGGAGAAUGUGGGAAAGGCUUCAGGAGGAGCUCCAGCCUGAAACUCCACCAGAUGACCCACACUGGGAUACGACCCUACGUGUGUGGGGAGUGUGGGAAGGGCUUCCGUGACAGCUCUGGCCUCAUCAUCCACCAGACAAUGCACACUGGGGAAUGCCCCUACAUGUGCUCAGAAUGUGGGAAGAGCUUCAUGGGGAACUCCAGCCUGAUUAUACACCAGAGGAUCCACACUGGGGAGAGGCCCUACAAGUGUGGGGAAUGUGGGAAAAGCUUCAGUGCGCCCUCCACCCUGACUGUCCACCAGAGGAUCCACACUGGGGAGAGGCCCUACAAGUGCAGAGAAUGUGGGAAAAGCUUCAGGCAGAGCUCCGCCCUAAAUGCCCACCAGAGGAUCCACACUGGGGAGAGGCCCUACAAAUGUGGGGAAUGUGGGAAAAGCUUCAGGCAGAGUUCCGGCCUGAUUCCCCACCAGAGAAUUCACACUGGGGAGAGGCACUAUGAGUGUCCUGAGUGUGGGGAGAGGUUUCAGAGCAGAUACCAUCUCCUCAAGCAUCAGCAGAUUCACGCAGAAUAGAGGCCCUUCCGCUGCCCCGACUUUGGGAAGAACUUUAAGAAAAACUCCACCCUCGUCACCCACCAGCAGAUCCACACUGGGGAGAGGCCCUAACAGUGUCCCAAGUGUGGGAAGUGCUUGUCCCAGAACUCUACUGUGGCCAACACCAAGAGAGGCAGCAGUAAGGGAAGGCCUACAAGUGCCCCGUGUGCAGGAAGAGCUUUGAGCGCUGCUCCAACUCCAUCCCCUGUUGCCAUCUUGGUGCAAAGUUUUCAUACCUUCUUGGUGAUUUUCAUGAGCAGCUCCUCACAGCACUGACUCCUCCUCUGCACAGCCAACAAACUCCAUCUUGCAUCUAGACCUCCCAACAUGCUCUUUUACAAUACCCCUCUUUAAUUUGAUCCAGCUGUGGCCUAUUAAGGGCAGGGUUGUUCUUCAUGCUUGAUAAUUGGCACAGCUGUAACUCCUUAGGGGCCAGAUUACCUUCAGCACUAUCUCUAUUCUCCUACAUUUUAUCUAUCCACAAUCCCCCACUGGAGGACCGCCAUUGGAUGGUCCACAGUGACCCUCAUUGAGCAGAGACUUGGUGAUCCAUGAUCCUUGUGAUCCACUGGCUGGUGGUCCCCACAUCUUCCUGGCUCCCACUGAGCACCUGGAUGCAAGAGGAGCUCAAGGGGACCUGGCCAAGGACAGGGACGUGGGGGCCAUGAACAUGGAAGGAGACGUGGGCGACAUGGGCAUGGGUGGGGACGUGGAGAGCCAUGAAUGACGAUGUGUUGGGGACACUGGCAUGGAUGGGGACAUCAGGGGGCACAGACAUGGGUGGGGAGAUGUGGGGGACAUGGACAUGGAUGGUGACAUGGGCUGAACUCCCAGAGAAUGUGGGGAUGAUGGGUUUGAGUGAGUUGAGGGUCCUUGGGAGGGAUGUGGGGUGCCAUGCUGUGCAAACUGAAAUUCCAGAUCAUUUGAGUGUGUGCCAUGGAUCCAAGAGGGAAAUUCCCAAGGCUCCCAGGGGCUGGUUCUGCCCUGCUUCCCAAGGGAGCUGUGCAGGGGCAGGUGACAAGGCCCAGAAGCUGUGUAGUAGGCUGCCAGGGCAGACAGCAAAGGUUGCUUUGCUGGACAUUUUCCAGCCCAUUCCCAGCUCAAAGCAGAGGGAAGACAAAAAGGAAAGUGAGUCCCUAAGAGAAUCCCAGUAUGAUCAUGGGGAGAAGGGACCCUGCCCAUGGGUUGGAGUCCCAGGAGGGAGAGACACCUCUAACCCAGGGAAGGUUCAAAUGAGACCAUAGGGCCACAACCUACGGAUUUUAUUGAACAUGUAUUUUAUUGAAGAUAGCAUUGAGCAAGAAACAUGAGGUACAGAAAUAGGAAAGAGAUUUGAGAGAAGAAUAACUAGGAAAUACCUCUGCUGCGGACUCAGCAGCUUCCAGUGUUACAACAACGUGUUAUAUUGUUUGCUUUUCACAAAUAUUAAGUUGAAUGCAAUAUGUAUAAUGUCAAAAUAACUUUGCUUUUAUUUCUGCUAUUAACAAAAAUCUCAGACACGGUAGUAAUGGUAGUGAUGUAGUGAAGUGUCUGUUUGGUUGGGAUAACGUCCAGUGAACAUGAAAUGAGGGCCCUGCUAUUGAAAUGCCAACUGUCAGCCCUCACCAUCUGAAGGAAGUAUGGACCAAGACCCAGAGUGGAAGUGACAAAGAGAAGGAGCGAAAACCAGAGCCAAGAAACACGGCAGAGCCAAGGAUGGGCCAUGCAAAAUAGUUCCUGGCAUAUGUAAACUAGUUUAUGGGAAAAUAUGAAUAUGCAUUAGUGUGUGUGAAUAUGCAACAGGCUGAUUGAAGGGGUAUCCUCAAAGGUAAGGGUGUGCUGUUGGCUCAGUGCCAAGAUGCACCUGGCCGUAAUCUUUGCUUUUCUGUCUUUGUCUCCUAUUGUCCUUUGUUGAACCUUUUACAAUUUCACAGGAGAGGGAAUGUGUUUUUCACAUUUGGGGACUCAUCUGGGAUUAACACCUCACCUGCGAGACCCCAGGGGCCGCAGAGCGGGGGGCGUGCCCUGCCCAGAUUCAGCGGCCUCGCUGGCUUCUUCUGGCAGAGAUUGGUUGCAGGUAGAGCACCCAGUGGGCAAAAGGAGACACAUCAAGGAAAGGGAAAAGGCUCCCUAAAACUGUGGUAACCCCACAAAUUCUUGUGCACGAAGACCCAAAGAAGAAAAGAGGGUUGGUAAGUAUUCUUUUGGGGUGAUGAGUGUGUGUGAGUGAGACAAGGGCUAGUUAUCCCAGACCUGCAGGGUGAGUGAGGAGUCUCCCAGGCUGCAGUUCCGUUCUUUUGUGAGAAAAAGGGCCAGUAAAGGGACGAGGAGUGAGAGAAUCUCCCAGGGUAACUGGGACAGAGUCCCAGGGAGGGGUUGGACCCCUUGGAGGACAGGAGCUGAGGGUUUUCCUGACACAAUCCUCUGGGAAAGUGGGAUAAAAAGUGGAGGGGGCCCCUAAAAAUUCUGCUGGGUUGAGGGAUUAAUAUGCCCAAGAGCAUCCAGGGUUGAACAAAAUUCUGCUGGAUUGAGGAUAUGCCCGAGAACGUCCAGGGUUGAACAACACAGCUGGAUUGAGGGAUACUCAAGAGCAUCCAGGCUUGACCAGUAACAUUUUGAGAUUUUGUAAUACCCGUGGGUGGAAAUUAACAAGUGAUUUGAGAACAAAGGUACCUUAUUUUUGUGUUGUCCUGUUGUGAGUGUGAGUGAGUGAGUGAGUGAGACAUAUUAAAUAAAAGGGAGUGAGUGUGAAUGAAUGAAAGUGUAUGUGAUAUGGAUUGUGGAUUUAAAGUUUAACUUUUCUGGAAGAAGGUGGAUUGUAUUUUUUUGUGCUGUGAAGAGUGGGAGGUGUUCAGGCUGUCAGGGGAAUGGAUUGGAUGUCAGGGGAAUGGAUUUGUCAUGGGGAAAUGAGACAGGGAGACAGAGAAAGGGGCUGGGAGCCCCUGGAAAUGUUGUCUCUUCCUGUCUCCAGUUUCUCUGCUCCUGCCAGGAGCUCCAGUCUCCCUACCCGUAUCAGCUUCCCUGC